AUGGCGUACUUAUCCAGUGAACAGCGUUUGUAGUGUUUGUAGUAGAAAAUAUUUUUGUUGUUUCGUCGUGUUAAUUCAAGGGCGCCUUGUGUUGUACACAAUCACGGACAAAUGUUGGGCGUCUUCGCGCUAACCGCAACACUGCCCGAGGCACUUGGCACACUCCACCGAGGCCGAUGUCGAAAUGGAAGCAAGACUGGAUAGGCCCACGGACGAAGGCAGCAGUGACGGUGCUGCUGCUCGUCUGGCACUGCAAACUGCCUGCUCGCCCGCAGUGGCCGACAGCACUCAGAGCAGUGCCGCAGAAGAAGGGUCCCCCCAUGUGACCGAAAGGCCCGGUACCUCGGAACAGACUGGUGCUGGAACUAGGGAGAGUUUUCCCGAGGGUAAAGGUGCCACGGAUGAUGAUGGCAGUCCAGAUAAGCGUGCAGGAACACCCGUACAGCCGACUGGUGACUCUCCUAAAACGCCUGGCGUGCCGUUGGCGUCACCCAUCAGAGACGGUGGUGGUGUUGUGUCUCCCCUUGUUGUGAAACGAGGCCCUGGCAGGCCACGAAAGGAUGGCAGCAGUCCCGUGCAACGCAAAAAGCUUUCCAGUCACAGCUUCCCUGGCCGGCCCAGGGUGCGAUCACGGAAGCCUAGUUUGCUGCCGCUGGCUGGCAGCAGUGGCCAGACUCCGCCUUGUGGUACCCAACUGGAGCGUUCUCCGACCCCCUACGAGAUGGAUCUGGAACACUCCGCACAACCUCCGCUGACGCCUCAAGCCGGCGCCUCCACACCAGAUAGUGCACAUUACGAUCAGUCUGGCCUUGGAGAAUCUCCACAUUACAAGCAAGAUGAGCUCUCACCAGAAGGGUCUGACCGUGUAUGCGCUCUUUGCAACCUGGCUGAAGGCCGCUCCAUGGGUCAGGGCAAGCUGGUGCGCUUCGAGCCUACCCUGGGCUUCCAGCCAUUCCGCAGGGCGGCCAAACUGGUGCAGAGGGCAGCGUCAUCCAGCGAGGAGCGCCCCUCCGCCUCGCAAGGAAGCACCACACCUCCCCUGCGUCGGGGCGGCAAAGGGCUUCGGCUGUCCAGGGGAAAACCAUUUGCCCGACUGUCUGCGGAAUUCAAGCCUGCCAGCAGCACUGAAGAGAUGCUAACAGUGGGCUUUGUGGAGGAGCCCGAUGUUGGGACACUGUUUGAGCCUUCUGGCCACACUUACGUUCAUCGAAACUGUGCUGCAUGGUCAGAAGGUGUUUGCCCCGGAGAAGAUGACAGUCUCAUUCACGUUGACAAAGCUGUCUUUUAUGGCAUGUCCCAGAUUUGUAGUGGGUGUCAAAAGUAUGGAGCAAGCAUUCGGUGCCACUUACCAGACUGUGGCUUGAUCUUCCAUUUCCCCUGUGCGGCAGCGUAUGGUUGUUUCCAAGACAUGAAGGCCCUGAUACUUCUUUGCCCUUCCCAUGCCGACAAAGCCGUGUCCUAUGUGGGUUCGCAGGCCAACUGCCAGUCCUGUGAAGAGAUGGUGUCCAUGCCUGAGCUGCUCUUCUGCACCGUGUGCGGUGCCCACUACCAUGGCUUCUGCCUGGAUCCCCCCGUGGUCGUUACGCCAACCUCUCGCCUAGGCUGGCAGUGCCCCGACUGCAAAACCUGCCAGGGAUGCAGGCGAGCUGGUGAUGAAGCCCGGCUACUGACAUGUGACGUCUGUGACAAGGCCUUUCACGUCUAUUGUGUGAAGCCGAUGGUGGCCAAUGUUCCUAAGCACGGCUGGAAGUGUCAGAGUUGCCGGGUGUGUGGGGACUGUGGCUCGCGAACCCCGGGGAGCGGGCCCAGCUCUCGGUGGCACAUGAACUACUCAGUGUGCGACAGCUGCUACCAGCAGCGCAACAAGGGCGUCGCUUGUCCACUGUGUGGCAAAGCCUACCGGCAGUUCAGCAACCGAGCAGAUAUGGCUCAGUGCACUGUGUGUCGAAAGUUCAUUCAUGUUGAAUGUGACAGCCAGCUUGUAAGCAGUCCCAAAGAUGGCGACUACGUUUGUCCAGUGUGUUGCAAUAUGAGGCAGCAGGCGGCACUAUCACUGUCUGGCAAGUCCGAGCUUUCUGUGAGAUUGCGAGUGCCAGCCUCAGAUGGGUCACCUGACUACAUGUACAGCUCACAGAAGGAUAUCGCGUCCUGUGGCAAUGACGACUCGCGUUCCAGCAAUGACUAUGACGUUCUGCAGCAGACGUCUUCAGGAGGUAUGCAGUCCCCCGAGAACGAGUCCAAGUUCCCACCUCCAUCCCACCACUCAUUAGGAAAGCCACCGUUUGCCCGCUUCCCAGGAAAACGAAGGUUCGGCGUGGGGCGGGCCAGAGCAUCUAGUGGAAAGUUUGCUGCCAAACGGAGAGCGAAAGCCGUCGAGCUCCGUCGAAAGCGAGGACCAAAACCUAAACUCAAGCCUUAUUAUCCCUGUUGGAAUGUUUCUCAGGGAGCCACUGCUGGCCCUCCUGAAGCCAAAGAUAAGCAGGAUGAGUCACAGAACAAGAUGGUUCUUUUUUCGGCCAAAGAUGACUUUGUCCUGAGCCAGGACUUGUGCGCCAUGUGUGGCAGCUUUGGAAGGGCCGAAGAAGGUAGGCUCAUCGCAUGUGCCCAAUGUGGGCAGUGCUACCAUCCUUACUGCGUCAAUGUGAAGGUGACGAAGAUUAUCUUGAAGAAGGGAUGGCGCUGCCUGGAUUGCACAGUUUGUGAAGGCUGCGGCCAGCCGCAUGACGAGAGCCGGCUCCUGCUUUGCGACGAGUGCGACAUUAGCUACCACACGUACUGCCUCUCGCCUCCCCUCGAAACAGUACCGCAGGGAAACUGGAAGUGUCGUUGGUGCGUGGUGUGUGUCAAGUGCGGGGCCACCGAGCCAGGCAAUGGAUCGCAGUGGCAAAAUAACUACACCCAGUGUGGUCCGUGUUGGAGCGCGACUACGUGCCCGCUGUGUCUGCUCAAGUACAAAGAGUCUGAACUGGUCAUCCUGUGCGUCCAGUGCGAACGAUGGAUGCAUGGUAUGUGCGACCAGAUUUCCUCGGAAGAAGAUGCGGAGAGGUGUGCCGAGUAUGGUUACAACUGCCCAUACUGCCGCCCCAAGGAUGAACUGCCACCCCAUCUGCUUAUGGACUACACUGCGGCUGUGGCAUCUCCAUCGCCACCACCACCUCCUCCAAAGCCCGAGACUCCCACGCCUUCACCACCACCUGCACCGGCGAAGACUGUGAAAGAACCGGAGCCACUCCCAGUGCCCGUCAAGCAGAAGCCGACAGUGCCGCAGUUCUACAUGGACGGCGUGUACCUCUCGGAGACUGGUAUCCAGCUCAUCAAGGCGCUGACCAUCGAGCAGCCCAAGCGGCAGCGAGCACGACGGCCACGCCAGCCAUCGGGGGGCCAACCUGCGGCUUCGCAGGGCAGCACGACUACUCCGCCGCAGUCUUCCUUAUCAACUGGCCUGUUCGGAUUCCGGGGCAGGCUCUCAACGGAAGACUCUGAGGACGGCAGCAAAGAUCUCAUGGAUGUGGAUGUAGAACCCAAGAUGGAGGUAGACGAGGAGACAAAGUUAACUUCCGAAGAGGUUGCCAAACAGGAUGCCGAGAGCGAGCUAAAGAAGAAGCGACAGCGGAAACUUCAAAAGCUCGGAAUCGGAGGAUUUGUCGCAAAAGCCAGAAGUCGGAGCGUCUCCGCCAAGGAACAGGAUGUGACGUUGCCUUUGGCCGGAGCUGGGGAGACAAGUUCAGAGGCAGCGUUGGCUGCGCUCUCUGGAGAUGUGGUCGCCCCAGCACCUGAGCCAGCAGCUGAAGCAACAGGCACAACGGCAGAGAAGCCCAAGCGUCGGCGGCGAGUGAAGAAGAAAAACCCUUUGGAAGAUAGCUUUCCCCUAUACCUUCAGGAGGCGUUCUUUGGCCAAAGUUUGCUUGCUGCUAGCAAGACUGAGCAAGGUCCCGACAUGCCGAGUGAGGAUGACGAAGAUUCUGCGAUGGGACGCUCCGAGGAUAACUCCAUCCUUGUCCUGGAGACAUCGCAGGGUAAAUCGGAGGAUGCCCGCAUUCCAUCGGACAGCGGCGCCCCUUCUCCUGCUCUUCACACCGUUGGUGGGAGCAAGAGAGAGAGCCCUGCUCUCCAUGACGACGGUACCUGCACUCCCAUCAAGACUGGAAGCGACGAUGAGGAUUUGGGGCUGAAAGACAUCUUGCCUCAUGACCUUCCUCAAGAUGACGAACUUAUGGAUAUGCUCAUGAAUGAGGGUGACGAUCUCUCAAAACAAGGAUCUGGGCUCGACGAUGUUACCCUGAACGAGCACUCGGGCGCCGGUGUGUCAGAGGAGGAGGGCUCAGCUGGUGUCAAGGACACUGACCCACUGUCCGGCAACAUUGACACGGUUCUGCUGAGCCCUCACUUCAACCUGGUUGACAGCAUGGUGUCUGCUGGCUCAGGGUUACCACACAUGGACAGCAAGGAUGUUGAAGAUGUCUUCAAGGGCGUGCUUAGCCCCGGGGAUAGUUGUGGACCACCUGAGAGUGUGGGCUCCAUGGGUGCGUCAGCAGCGAGCAUGUCACCCCUGCCGCAGCAGCACGGUGCCUCGGGGUCACGACCUGCACCCGUGAUGCAGAACCCGCUCACUCCGGCCAGCUCCCACAGUGUGGGCUCACCCUUCAGCAUGCCCUCCCCUUCACCUUUUCCCAUGGAGUACGGCAGUCCUCAGCUAUCUGAGCCGCCCCCAAGUCCGUGGAUGGAUCCAGAUGCCGACCUGCCAUCCACGGGAGGCCAUAAGAACAUUCUCAAGUGGGAGAGUGAUGAGGCACUCGGUGCUGGGGCCACCAUCUCUCCUGUUCUCUAUGCUAACCUCAACUACCAGAACCUGCGCAUGGAGUACCCGAGCUGGCCCGAUCGAUCCAAACAGAUCGCAAAGAUUUGGAGGAACUUACCUCCCGAGAAACGACAGCCAUAUCUUCAAAAAGCGAGAGAAAACCGGGCGGCCAGUCGCAUUCAGAAGUCACAGGACCCCGGUAAGGUCGCGCGCGAGCAGAAGUCACCACGGGAAGUGGAGCAGGAGCGACAGUGGAAGCAGAUCCAGCAUGUUCGUCAACAGCAGCAGCAGCAACAACAGCAGCAGCAGCAGUCUCAACAACAGCAACCGCCACAGCAGCAACAGCCACAGGGGCAACAGCCACAGCAGCUGCAGAUGCAGCACCAGCUGCCGCCACACCUCAUGGCUGACCAACAGAGGCCUGCUGUGGGAAAGAGCCAUCAGUUAAUGCUGGGAGAGACCUCUCCAGCGGGGUCCCUCUCGCCAUCUGCUCCCUCACCAACUUCUUCACAGCUCAUUGGAGCCACUGCUCAGAGCCCACUGUCUCCUGCGCAAGCGCAACGCUCACCCGGCCCUGUGCGUAUGCCUUCAGCGCCCGUGAGCCCUCUGAUUCAAGUGUCUCGAGUGCGUCCCCCUAUAGACCCCAGUCGCCUGCCUCCAUCGUCGCCUGAUUCCUAUGGCCCUGCCCCUGGGCCACCACCUCCUCCACCACUGCCGGGGCAGUCGGCUGGUCCAGAACGCUUCCUCCAGCCACUCAGACCACCCGGAAUGGCCGCGCCACCACAGCGAGGUCCACUUAUGCGCCAGCCUUCCCAGGAUGAGGCAACACCACCGCCUCCGCCACGAAGCACACCCCCCCACACACCCUCGCCUACUUCCAGGGCUCCUCCUUCCAUGGACCCAUAUGCCCAGAUGCCGGGCACACCAAGGCCGGCUCCGAUGUCCGAUGGGGGCUACCAUCCUGGAUAUGUGCGAUCUCAAGCUGCUGCAGCGGCGAAUGCUCCGAAGAUGACGAGACCUGCAGCCACUUCAGAUCCAUAUGCUGUGCCGCCUGGAACACCUAUGCCACCGGCAUCUAUGUCAGAGGCACAGCAACAGCAUCCCCAGUACUCUCCACAACAGGGUUACGGAACAAGUCCACGAGCAACUCCACAAGCCACACAUGCUUCCAUGGAAGUGCUCACAAGUCCGACGCAGCCGCAGGCCUCCCAUCAGCAGCAGCAGCAACAGCAGCACCAGCAGCAAUCAUCGCAACAGCCUCAGCGGUCGCCACAACAUCAGUCACAGCCAAUUCAGUCUCCUUCAGCGUCACAAGCCCCAGAGCCCUUCGGAGGCUCGACUGAUCCUUAUGCAAGGCCUGUGGCGACGCCGCGUGUGCCGUCUUCUCCUAGUGCGGGCACUCCUCCGAGUGCUGUUGGAGUGCGGCCUGAGGAGAUGGUCAUUGGUGGAGAGCAGCAGGUGCUAGCAAGACAGCAGCUUCGGGACUUGCUGCAGCGCCAGUUGAAAAAGGAACAACAACCGGGCGCACCACCACAGUCACCCCUGGGGCCUCCACAGCAGAAGCUCCCGCAGCAGUGGCCGUCGCCACAGCAAGCCAUGCAGCUGGGCAUGGCACUACAAGGGAACCGAAUAGCCAUGGGUGGACCUGGAGAACUAGGAUUUCGCACUCCACUUCCACCUGGAAGCAUGGCUUCCCGCAUGGCAUCCGUUGAGCAGCAACAGCAGCAAUUGCAACUGCAACUGCAGCAGCAACAGAAAUCCCUGCCCCCCCAACAGCAGCAGUUACAGUCGCAGCAACAGCUGCAACAGCAGCAGCAACUGCAGUUGCAGCAACAGCAGCUACAGCACAAGCAACUCGCACAGCAGCAGGCACAACAGCCAGCCCAGCAACUUCAUCCUGGCCAGCCGAGUUUCCCGCACGGCAGCAUGCCGUCUGAGCCAAGAGACCUCCAGCAACAGCAGCCACAGCAGCCAGGAGCUGUGCGACCGCAGCUCAACGAGCUGCGGCUCCGCAUGAUGAUGCAGCAUCGGCAAGAGGUUUUACGCCGGCAGCAGUGGCCGAAUCAGAUGCACCCACACCAGCAGCAGCAGCUGCAGAGACUUCCUCUGAACCGCCUCGAGCAGUUUGAGCAACAGCGAGCGGCAGCCAUGCAGGCGCAGCACUUAGGCAUUCCGCCACAGCACAUGCAAGGGCCCAGAUCAGCCAUGUUCCGACCGCCAUCCUCGGGAUUUCCUGACGGUGCUAUGCUGUCCAAGGAAGGGAACCUUAUCCAGGGUGGCACCUUCUCUGCCCAAGGCGCUUCACAGCAACAGAGCAUGGUGGGAAGCAUUAUGUCAGGAGAAGGCCAGCCAGGUCAGAGUGGCAUGCCCGAGCCACCCCAGCAGCCUCCUCAACACCAGCAGCCACAACAGCAGCAAUUUCAACAGCAGCAACAGCAGCAGCCUCAGCAACCUGUCCGAGCUGGUGGUAUGAGUAGCACUGAUGCUGCUUCGUCUGCUGCUGGCGCCAAUGCGGGCUCGGAGACCCUGCAAACGCAGCCAGCCAAGAAAAAGACGGCUGGGGACUUGGUGAAAGAAGUUGAGGCACAGGGCACUGAAGAACCUGAUGAUGGUGGUGGUGACAUGGAGGAUGAUCUGGACGAUGACGAACUGCUAGGUCUUGGAAACGAUUUUAAUAUUCUCGAGUAUGCUGAUCCGGAGCUGGAUCGAGCCUUUGUAGGAGAAGGAGAGAAAAGCAACAUCCUCGACGAGCACCUUGACUUGGACGACAAAGAAGACGACCUGGACGAGGUGGGGCGUCAGGAAACGGACACAAAGGAUGACGAUGCAGCCAUGCCUCAGGGAGGUGGGGGUGUCAAACAGGAGCCUAUGGUCAAGCAGGAAGAGCGCAAGACGGAGGACCAUAAGCCAUCUACUUUAGGCUUUUCGACGUUCUCGACAGAGGGCGGUGCUUCGAACCAGCAACAGCAGCCUACGCAACCGCAGCAGCAAGAGCAGCAACAGCAGCAAGGACAGUUGCAGCAGCAUCAACAGCAGCAGCAACUCAUGCAGCAGCAACAUCAGAUGCCCAAGAUGCCCAUGUUUGAGAAUCGCCCACCCAUGAACGUGGUGCCAACAGCUUCCUUCACUAUGGCGGGCCAACACCCGGGCCUCCGUGGGAUGCGGCCACCACCGCCUUAUGCGGGUGGUGCUACUGCCAUGCCGGGCGUUCGCAUGAUGGCCCACUCUAUGCCGGGACCUGCCAUGAGUCACCUGAGGGGAUCCCUGGCGGGCAUGCGUCCUCCGGUAGCGAGCGUGCCCAUACCGGGGCCGGCCAUGGGCGGGUCAUCGCCUGGGGAUCAUCGGCCCCUGUUGCUGCAGGAGCAGCCCUUGCUCCUCGAAGAUCUGGUCGAGCAAGAGAAGAGGGAGCAGCGAAAGCAGAGCGGAGAGGCUGCGACAGCGUCCCUGCUGAGUGAUGUGGACUUUGAGCGGCUCAAGGCCGACGUGCUCUCGGGCCCGCCUGAUGACAGCAUUGGAGCGCCAGCACCUGUCAUGCCCCAGGCUGCGCUUUUGCCGGCGAUGCCACAACAGCAUCCGGUAAACCCAGGCCAGCUUGUGGGCAAUCCCGGCCAGCGUUACCUCCAAAUGCAGGGUGGUCCAGCAGGAUGGCCCACCAGUGGCAUGGUGGCAGGUCCGGCUCAGGCGGGCGGGCCGCACCUGAUGCGCCAGCUGCCUGUGGGGCCAGGAGGGCCCAUGGUGUCUCCGGGUGGUACUAUGCACCUGGUGCGCACCGAGCAGGGCGCCAUCCGUGUGAUGGGGGGCCCUCCUCCCCACAGGCCACCAGAUCAGCUCGGACAUGUUGGCACCCACGCUGGCGUGGCGGGUGGCGGAGGAGCCCUGGUAUCGCCAGGUGACGGAGGGGCGGCACAGGUGCCUUUCCAGAUUCAGACCCUGCCGGCACCUCCGACGCCGUCCCUGUGCAUUGGGCAGGACCCACCACCGGGUGCAAUGGUGGCCGCUUACGAACAAUGGCUGGCCCAGCAGGAUGCGCUGCUUUCCUCCCAGAAGAAGACGCUCGAGGGCGAAGUGGGCAAGCUGCGCAAGGCCAAGAAGGCCCUGAGCACCAAGCAGCGGCAGCUGGCCAAGACUGGCCAGGAGCUGCCUCAACAAAACGCCCUCGAGCUUCAGCGUAUUGCUCAGCAGCAGCCCGGCAUGCAGAAGAACCUGGAUCAGCUGCGCAAGCUAUGUCGGCAGCAUAGCAUGGUGAUGCAGGAGUACCGCGCCAAGCAGCAGAAGUGGCAGCAGCACAUGCAGCAGCAACAGAUGCAACAGCAGCAGUUGCAACAGCAGCAGCAACAACAGGGUGGCCAGCUUCUGCAGAGUGCCAUGAUGCCGCAGGGCUCUCCCAUGCACCACAUAGCUGGUGGGCCUCCCAUGGUGUCCAGCGCUGGGCCCACCAUGGGGCCUAGCAUGUCUCCCAGCAUGUCGCCGGCCAUGUCGCCCGUGAUGUCAUCCGCCAUGAGUCCCAUGGUGUCUGGCACCUCACACCAGCAUGCAGUAUCUGUGUCCACUGGGGCCGGAGGCAUGGCUUGUGGUCCCCCUCGAUCCCCCAUGCCACCGCCCUCUUCCCCAAUGGGAGGCCCCUCCCCUUCCCCAAGGAUGCCGCAGCCACCAACGUCCCCUAUGGCCUCUCCCCUCCACCAGAUGUCGCCACAGCUGCCUUCACCUCGCACCCCAAGGCCACCCGUCCACUCAAUGCCGCAGGAUGAGCCCAGCAUCAUGGGAGAUAGCUUCCAGCUGCGAGAAGGCAUGGAAAAAGGCCCUCAGCAGCAGCAACAACAGCAACAGCAGCAUCAGCAACAAAUAAUGUCAAGCAUUGUGCAGGGGCUAUUGACACAGCAGUCGCCACUUCAUGAAGGAGAUCUCGAUGACUUCCAACAUCAGCAGUCACAGCAGCAACAGCACCAUCAACAGCAGCAUUUGCAGCAGCAACAGCACUUGCAACAGCAGCUACAGCAACAACAGCAGCAGCAGCAACAACAACAACAACAGCAGCAGCAGCAGCAGCAGCUACAGCAACAGCAUCAACAGCAGCUACAACACCAGCAGCAGCAGCAACAGAUGCAACAGCAACAACAGAUGCAACAGCAGCAGCAACAGAUGCAACAGCAGCAGCAACAGAUGCAACAACAGAUGCAGCAACAGAUGCAGCAGCAGCAACAGCAGCAGCAAAUGCAGCAACAGAUGCAACAGCAGCAGCAGCAGCAAAUGCCGCAGAUGCUGAUGAAGCGAGAGGACGGUUCGGCAGGCCCUCCGGUCAGUCAUGGUGUGCGCAUGGUCCCCCACAUGGGAGCCAGGCCUCCUUUCCCGCAGCACGAGGGCCAACAGGUUGUGCUGCAUCCACGCUUUCCCGGAAACCUGCCAAUACCUCGCUACCUCAGCCGCCAAGGUGGGGAUCCAGUCAGUCAGCAUCCGCCAGGCCAUCCUUACCUGCAGCGUACUGGAGGCGUUCACCCCAUGAUGAGGCCUCCGCCACCGUAUCCAGACCACCUCCGAAAGCCACCACCUUCACCAGCUAUUUCACCAAGCCACAGUGGCAUGCAGCCUGAAAGCAGCGGAAGUCCAGAUCCAUCGCGCACGCCCCCAUCACUGUCGCGCCCAAACUCACAGCCAGCUCUGCAGUCGCCGGACCCACGAUCAUCCCCUAUGGAGCGACACUUCUCGCCUGGGACACCGUCCAGCUCGUCCAGUCUUCCUCAACGCUCUCCUGCAGUACCGGCACAAGGGCAAGAUGAUGGGAGAGGCGAUGGUGAACGAUCUGCUGAAAGCCUGUCCGACCUGCUAUCGAGAGUUUCCAAGACUCCCUCAGAGUCUCCAAGCCCCCGGACCGACGAAGGGCGCCCUUCCAUCGGCGAGCCGUCACCAGGAAGAGGGUGCGUCUCGCAGGACAAUAGUGGACAGACACCACCACUGUCCAAACAGGAAAGCAUUCUUCAGUACCUUCGAGCUGGCUCUGUUGGCAGCCCAGCGAGCAACUCUAAUUCGUCUCGUGGCAGCGUCGAUAGCUUUGGUGGAAUGGGUGGGGCCCAGCCCAUGUCCAGUGCUCCUGACACAACUCCACGGUCUUCCGAGAGCCCACAUUAUGUGGCCACAUCUGUAUACCAGGGUGUAGUGGCAUCACCCGUCGGGAGCCCUGUCUCGUCUACAUUUGCUGGUCAGGGACAAACAAUGACCCUGACAGACACAUUUGCUUCAGAUAGCAGCGAUGGCAGUUCGCAAAUGCAGGUUCGGACACAAAUGGUUCGUGUGAGCCAAGGUAUGAUGGGCCUGCCAACCUCAUCAGCAAGCUUUACAAGGAACUCCGGGAUGCAGCAGCAGCAGUUGCAGCAGCAGCAGCAGCAACCUAGAAUGCAGUACAUGCAACAUUUGCGGCAACAACAGCAGCAACAGCAACAACAGCAGCAGCAGCAGCAGUCACAGCAACAACAGCACAUUAUGCUUCAGCAAAGCCAAUAUGUACCUCAACAAGGCAUGCUAGUUCGACGCAUUGUGCAAGGCCAACGGCCCGCUGGGCCUGGCUCCUUUGCCGACGGCCAGUUCGCUGCACGUGCGCAGAUGUUUAGGGGUGCUGCUCCAGGCAACAAUGCAGUGCGCACGUUCGCAGUGCGUCCAGGUGCCGGUGGAAACAACCCUGGAGGCAAUAGUGGAGGAUUGCCAGGUGGGAGCCCCCACACAGUUGGAGGGGGUCGGGGUCCAACACCAGCGAGCCCCCCCAAAAAUUCCUCAUCGUCAGGGGAUGAGGGAGACGGUGGCACAUCGUCCUCAACACCGUCCUUGCUGCAUCGUGCGGGGGAAAGCGGAAGCAGCUCUUUCGGAGGCAGCACAUUCCACGUCGGACCGUCGUCCACUGUGACGUCGUACGGGGCCGAGCAUUUGCCUACCAGCGUGUUUGUGUCGCUCGACUACCCUUCCUCGACCAUCACGAGCCCCGAUGGCUGCGUAUCGUCAGAGGUCCUGCUCAGCUUGGGUGAUGGCUCUCCUGGUGUUGCAGCACUGGCAGCGUCCGAGGAUGAAGACGCCUCGGUGGAACAGUCGCGAGUUGCGCUCGUGGUGGUAGGGGAAGAAGGCGAGGAGGAGGGCACCGAAGACCAUGGCAUCACCCAACAGGAAGAGCCCCUGGACGUUGCCGUCGUCGUAGAAACGGUGGGGACUUUGCCGACUCCAGAGUGCGAAGCCAGAGAGGACGGUUCUAGUCCCAGUGGCUCUGAAGGGGGCAUUGACUUGGCCAUCUCUGGCUGUGGUGACCUGCACCAUCGCAGCACACCCGCAGGUGACCACAACUAUUCCAACCUGCCUCCGGAAGGUGCAGGCGGUGAACUGGCCAAGAAGGUUUCCGAAGGGGCACACUUUUUCGACCACAUAAACAUGGGGAUGGAUGUAAAGAUCGAAGACCAUAUAAUCAGAAUUGCAGAUGAAAAGCCCUGCAUAGAAAAAAUCAUGAACGAAAGAACUACACCACCACAGAUGUUGAAAACACCAUCUCCACCCCUUGCACCAGUCUCCACCAGUGCCAUGUCCUUCCCGGCAUCGGUGACGCAUACGUUAAACUUCACUUUGCGACAGACAGGGAUGCCUCAGACGGUGCGGCUACCUCACGACGAAGGACAGCUUGUGGUACUCCCUGCAAAGACGGUGGUGCCUGUAGUUCCUCAGCUCUCACCAUCUCCCCCGCUGGUCAGCUGCGAACCGUUGACCGUGAAGACGGAGCCAAUGCCACCCGCAGGUGCUACCACACCACCUCUGGUUCUCCGCAUGCACCCUGUACCCCCAACACCACCGCCGUCGGUGAGCAGUGCCGUGUGCACGCCGCACAGUGCGCCACUGCGCUGGUGCCGCAGCUCGGAAGUGGUGGCCAUCAAGGAAGAGGUGCUGACCGUGGUGCCCCCUUCCAUGCCACCCACCCCGCCACCACCAACAGCUGUUGUGAUCAAGCAGGAAGCAAGGACAACACCUUCGCCCUGCCUCGCUAUUUGUCAGAAGCAGGAGUCGGACGACGAGAAUGCCGAAGAAGUCGCUCCUCCAGAAGAGGAGCGAGAAAGCGCAGAGCAGCCAGCCAGCACGGCUGAGACGACGGAAGCGGUGGCGAGCCACGACAAGAGUAACGUUUCUUGCGAUGAUGCCCCUCCUCCUCCUCCUGCCCCCUCUCCUCCCGAACAGACAAUGAAUCCGCCUCUCGCUGGUACUCCUCCUGCCGCCAUCCCUGUGGCAAGCCCGCUCAUCAGGGCACCUGCCGCCGACAGCACGGUGCUGCCGAACAACCAGACGACUGGUCCUGCGGUGGCGGCGGCUGCUAUGAUGCCUGUGAUGACCAUCAAGGUUGAGCCUGGCACACCGGCGACCUCGGAUUUAGAUGCACCGCCGCCACCACCAGCAGCGGCUGUGGCUGCUGCUCUAGAAGAGAACCCAGUUGUGAAAGCGUGCGAGGGUUCUGUUGAAGAGCCUGAGGGGUCCACUGGAGGCAAGCAGAAUGUGCUCCUCAAGCAGCUGCUGCAGAACUGUCCCUCAGCUGAAACCCACAAGCCGCUGGCCGGAGACCUCCCAGAGGUCACUCCCAGUAGCCAGCCGGGAUGCAUCAAAUCUGAGAAUGGCCCUUCCGAGGCCAUGACGCAAGCUGUGAAACAGCCAGUGAUGUCGCGUCCUUCGAGUCCACCGAAUGAGCAGUGCUCCGCGUCAUCCGAUCAAGUCACUACACCGGCUCUGGCUGAGAUGGCGGAGAAUGCCGACGUGACGCCGGCCACGACAGCAUCGGCGUCAGAAACGCAGCCGUCGCAACCAGCCGUGUCGGUGACCACCAGUCAAGCCCCAGGUGGAACGACGUCAACGGCUCCUUCAGAAGGUGGUGACAAACCAGAGGAAACUAAAGUUCGCAAGCUUUCAUAUUUGGAUAUCCGGCGGGCCCAGCUGGAGCGCGAACCCACGCCCCCUCCGCCGUCAGCUGAGGACCUAGCUUUGCGGCGCCAGCAGCAGCGCAAGCGGCCCAAGAAGCCGCGGCCACCCCCGUUGGCCCCCUCCGGUUCGGAGGCUGCGGGGGCAGGCCCCGACGGGCCCCGCCCACCCUCUCACGGAGGAGGUGGGGCCGCCAGGGCCAAGCGGCCACGCAAGGGCUCGCGUGCCGAUGAGGACUACGAGGUGUACCUGGAGGCCCUGAUGCAACGGCUCCGAGCCCUGCCGCCCGUGCGCAUUAUCGAGCCACACAUUCGGCCCAACUUCAACAUCGGUGCCGUCUUUGGGCGAGGGGACCUCAACCUUCGUGAGCCUGCGUUGAAGGGCAGCUACGGCCGAGCAUUUCUGCCGGGCCAGCCGGACCCGUACUCUGUCUUCCCCUUUGGUGACCGGCCCCCUCCUCCUGCGGCUCCUUCCUCUACCGCCACCCCCUCCCCGACCCCGCUCAGGGGCUUCUACAACCAGGAGUUCUCCAUGCAUACCAGAGUAACUUCCGGUGGCGCGGACUCCAAUAGGUGCCGUGAGGCAGACAGUCCCGACACAAUCGUGGGCGCCUCGUCUCCAGAGUGUGCCAUGUUCGAGGCUCCCUUCCGGUUCCGCAGCUUGCAACUCGUCGACGAGGACAGCAACGACUCUGCCAGAUCCCUUCCUUCGCCCACGGUGCCCAUUGUCGCGCCCAUUCCUGUAAAAGCCGUACCUCCUCCGCAACUACCUCCUGCUCCCUUGAAGAUCCUGUUGGACGAGAAGGACAAGGAGAACACCUUCCCGGGCGACAAGCUGGGUCUCUGUCGCAGCCGAGGGUUGCCCGGGGCAUUUGGCGGCGGGCCCCCUCCUGUCCCUUUGCGUGAGUCCGGCAACGUGUCAGUGACACUGACACUCACUUCGGAAGCAGCCGGCGACAUCCAGGGGCUGCUCUGCUCGCUCGCCAAGCUGCUACAGGUGGAGCCACCGUCGUCCUAUGACAUCAUAGAGCGCACCACCACCCCGCCCAGUCAGAAGCUGGGGCUCUACAAGCACAAUCACAAGCAUGUGACGUCAGUGGAGGAAGCGGAGUACUUGGUGGACGGGAAGCAGCGGUUUUGCCGGCACUGUGAGAUCAUGGUCUCCAAGACUGGUAUGGUCAAGAAGCAGGCGUCAGAACUUAAUCUUGAAUCGGGAGUCCAAAAGGAGGAUGCGGAUGAAGAGGCAGUUUAUUUUUGCUCCAGCAAUUGCUACAUGCAGUUCGCCCUUGCGCACCGAACCCCUUCAUCGGCUGCAGCUCCCCAGCGAAAGGAGGCCGCCGUGGUGUGCCACGCCGCAAAGGACGAGCAUGGCGAGUUUCGGGGCGAGUGCUGCAAGGAACGCCUGACGACCAAGAUGGACGAAGAUGAGGAGCCCUGCAUCAAACGAGAAGAGGACGACAGGGCCAUCACGCCUCAGGAGGAGACCCGAGCAAGCGUUGAGGACAACAACUCUGAGAGCCGCUUGCUCGUCGACGAGGAGGACAGCCAAGCGAGCAUGGACUCCACCCACAGGAAAAGGGCAGCGCGGCAUUCUAUCGGCAAAGAACAGGAGCCUAUGGUGAAGAAGUGGAAAGAUGUCCGAUGGAAGCUGUGGUCUCCCGAGUUGGUGGGCGCUACAAAGUAUGAACCUCCUUCGGAAGAGGAAGUUGGCCAGCUGUUGGAUGCUCAGGACAUAUUCCUGAAGCCCGAGAAUCCUGUUGAAGACACGAGGCAGUGCAUCCUGUGCCAUGACAUCGGGGACGGCGAGACUAAUGGCCCUGCCAGGCUUCUGAACCUAGACGUGGACCUGUGGGUGCACCUGAAUUGCGCCCUGUGGUCGCAGGAAGUGUACGAGACGUGCGAUGGAGCUCUGAUGAAUGUGGCCAACGCCUGUCGCCGGGCGCUGCUUGUCAACUGCAGCCGAUGCCAUCGCACGGGUGCUUCACUGCACUGCUUCCGAAUCCGCUGCCCCGCUUCCUUCCACUUUGCUUGCGCCAGCCUCGAAGGAUGUUCCUUCUACAAGGACAAGACCAUCCUCUGUCCUCAGCACACUCCUCGUGUCCCGAAUAUUGAGAACGUUCUCGAAUCAGUGGCUGUUUUCCGUAGGGUGUACAUAAGCCGUGACGAGCACAAGCAAGUUGCGAGCAUGUUUCACAAGGGGGAGCAGAAUCUCCUGCGAGUGGGCAGCCUAAUUUUCCUGAGCAUCGGACAGCUAUUGCCUCACCAGUUGCAGAACUUCCACACACAGAACUGCAUAUACCCCGUGGGGUACAAGGUGGUGCGCAUUUAUUGGAGCAUGCACAAGCUGGGUGCACGGAGCCGCUACACAUGCAGCAUUCAUGAUGUAGAUGGCCAGCCACAGUUCCAGAUACGGGUUUCGUACAAAGGCCAGGAGAAAGUUCUCACUCAUCGCACACCCAAGGGUGUGUGGCAGAAAGUUCUCCAGCCAAUCGAGAGCUUCCGCAGGGAGACACAGGCCAUCAAGGUCUUCUCCAACUUCAUCACUGGAGAAGACCUCUUUGGGCUGACAGAAGCCGCGAUUGUGAGGAUUACUGAAUCGCUUCCAGGUGUGGAGACCCUGAGUGACUACAACUUCCGGUUUGGGCGAUCACCGCUGCUGGAGCUUCCGCUGGCCAUCAACCCGACCGGUUGUGCACGGUCGGAACCAAAGCUGCGCACCCAUUUCAAGAGGCCCCACACGAUGCACACGAGCAACACGCUGCGGCUCUCGCUGCAGACCCUCGGUGCUGGAAGUGGCGGUGGCGGCAGCUGCCUGGAGGCCAGCUCCCCUUACACCAAGCACUUUGUGCACUCCAAGUCGUCCCAGUACCGGCGCAUGAAGACCGAGUGGCGCAACAAUGUGUACCUGGCACGCUCGGGCAUCCAGGGCCUGGGCCUGUACGCCGCCCGCGAUAUCGAAUGCCACACCAUGAUCAUCGAGUACAUCGGACAGCUCAUCCGCAACGAGAUUGCCGAGCGCAACGAGGCCAUCUAUGAGGCACAGAAUCGUGGUGUGUACAUGUUCCGGCUGGAUGAAAAUCGUGUGAUCGACGCAACCUUGUCUGGUGGCCUGGCACGCUACAUAAACCACUCGUGCAGUCCUAACUGUGUGGCUGAGCUUGUGCAGAUCGACCGUGAGAACAAAAUCCUCAUCAUCGCCAAUCGCCGCAUCACACGGGGUGAAGAGCUAACCUACGAUUACAAGUUCGACUAUGAAGACGACGGGCACAAAAUUCCAUGCCUCUGCAGUGCUUCAAACUGUCGCAAGUGGAUGAACUAAUUAAUUACAAAGACUUUAUUGAUUUGAAGAGAGGGUUUUUUCUCUCAUUAUUUUACAUCUACAGACUGUUUUUACUUGCUGUGUAAGCUGACUCUCGUUUGUUGGUCUGUGCAUGGCCGUUCAUCUGCCAUUGCUGUGGGCAUUGGACAUUUGUAUAUGUUGAUGUUUAUCUUUUUGUGUACAGUAGUCUUUUUUGUUAUUGUUAUCUGCUGCUUAGGCUGCCUUUCUGUUAUUUACACUUAUGUUGGCGUUACUAAGAUGCAUGUAUGGCCUCAAAUUCGUUGCUAGAUGUCCAUUUAUUUUUCAUUCUCUGUCCAUUUUACCUUUUUUUUAUUAGCAUCCAUGUAAAUUUUAUAAAUAGCGACCUGCACUCCAUCUUACUGAAUCACAGUGCUCCCAUUGACAGUGUAAGACUGUACAACAUACUGUAUGUGUUGUUGUAAUUUGUGCCUCCUUGACUCGAAUUGUGUAAUAUAACAAAAUCCGUCAAGGAAUAUGUAGUGCAAUAUAUGUUUAUAAAAGGAAUUGGAUGUACAGCAA